CCAAUGGGAGGGCUCGCCGCGGUGGCGGCGCCGCCCCCGCCCCGCGUCACGGCUGCUGCUGGCCGCUGCCGCCGCUGCUGCGCGCUGGGGGAGCGCGGCCCGGCGCCGGGAUGAGGGAAGGGUCGGCGCUGCCCGGCGCCCCCGGUGCCGCCGCGGUGCCCGGCUUCCUGGCCAAGCUCUGGGCGCUCGUGGAGGACCCGCAGAGCGACGCCGUGAUCUGCUGGAGCAGGAAUGGUGAGAACUUCUGCAUUCUGGAUGAGCAGAGGUUUGCUAAGGAGCUACUUCCCAAAUACUUCAAACACAACAAUAUCUCCAGCUUCAUACGCCAGCUUAACAUGUAUGGGUUCAGGAAAGUGAUUGCUCUGGAGAAUGGUAUGAUUACAGUGGAGAAAAGUUCAGUUAUUGAGUUCCAGCACCCUUUCUUCAAGCAAGGGAAGGCACAUUUACUGGAAAACAUUAAGCGCAAGGUAUCUGCAGUCAGAACUGAAGAUCUCAAGGUCUGCACAGAGGAUUUACACAAAGUACUCUCUGAAGUCCAGGAAAUGAGAGAGCAGCAGAACAACAUGGAUGUCAGACUGGCUAAUAUGAAGAGAGAAAAUAAGGCCCUGUGGAAAGAAGUGGCAGUUCUAAGGCAGAAGCACAGUCAACAACAGAAGCUGCUGUCUAAGAUACUUCAAUUUAUACUAAGUUUGAUGCGAGGAAAGUAUAUUGUUGGGGUCAAAAGAAAAAGGUCUCUAACCGACGCUGCAGGUGCUUCACCUUCCAAAUACAGUCGUCAGUAUGUUCGCAUACCUGUGGAGAGUGGCCAAGCAAUGACUUUUUCUGAACAUAAUUUGGAUGGUGAGGAUGGAAAUGGUACAGGUCUCAUCAUUCGAGAUGUCACUGACACUCUGGAUAAUGCCACUGAUGGGCUCCUUGCUCUGGCCCACACAAGUGGCAAAGCCAGAGAGACACAGACGGCUCUGGAUCCUGGCUUACCUAUUUGUCAAGUAUCACAGCCGGUUGAGUUAUAUUGUGCGGAACCUAACGCUCCAAUUCAGAUAAAAGAUGCUAACAAAUCCAGCGAAAUAGGAAAUGAUGCUGUGGAGCUCCAUACUGCACAAGCUAAUGCUCCGGAAGACCCUGUGUCAGUGAUUGACUCCAUCUUGAAUGAAAACAAUUCUGGAAAUCAAAAUGAUCCUUUACUGGACAGGGAAGAAAUCCAGGAUUUUCUAAAUUGCAUUGACGCCAGCCUUGAAGAGCUUCAAGCAAUGCUAUCUGGGAAGCAGUAUAACCUUGGUUCUGAAGCUUUCAGUGAUACAUUUAAUCCUGAGCUGCCAGCCCUGGAUAUGAAUUUGAUGGGAACUUCCCCUGGUAUGGAAAAUAUUGCAAACUUGGCAGACAGCACUGAAGAUCUGGGAGCAAGUGAGAGAGAAACAGCAGGAAACAAAGAUAUGCAGCUGAUACAGUACAAGGCCAAUCCUCUGCUUUCAUUAUUUGAAGAACUAUCCUCAGGCGAAGCUGCAGGGAAGAUACGGGAUCCUAAAGACCUAGUGACCCCCCUGGAGGAGAAACCUGAAGGAGAAUGGAGAGCAGAUAGUGAAACUGUCUUGCCACUAGCAGCUCCAUCAAACCAGGCUGAGCCUCUUGAUGCUCUGGGAAUGGGUGAUCCACCUCUCCUCUCAGAGGAUGGGAAUGGAGAGUAUAAACUGUUUCCGCUCUUGCAGCUCAGUCCUGUUGCUAACUUCAUAGAAGAGGCCUCUGAGAUAGAACCUUCUUGAACUUGUGUAACAUCUAUAACUGGCUUAGUGAUGUAAAAUAGGUAACAAAGAUAAAUGGGUCAGCGAGAAGUUUCAUCUUCUCUCUCCUCUUCUGCCUCCUGGGUGUCAUAUUCUGUAUAGACAAAAGAAGGUCCUCUUUCUGCAAGCAGAGAGCAAGCCUGGAAAAGCUGACAGCAAGGUCAAAACAAGAACUAAUGGGACUGAAGGCGUUGGAAGGAGGGAAGAACAAGCUCCUUGUAAACAUAUUGCAAUGUAUUCUGUAACCAUUUUUAUCUGAUAUUCUUACUGCAAGAGGAAAUCUGUUUGUAUCCUGUUUGUAAAGUUUGGCUGUUUUUUAGUUUUUGUUUUUGUUUUUUUUUUAAGCUGGGUAGUAAUGUGGUAUGUAAUAUUUCAAGCAUAGGUUUUACUCUUUCUGAGAGCCUGUUUUAAAUAGAUGGCUUGUCUACUGAUUCAAAUUGUGUGGUUUUUUUGGUUUUUUUUUUUAAGUUUGAGAUUUCUUUUUAAAUAGUCUGUGGCUAUAAAUGUUUGCAUCUGCUUAGAUCACUUACCUACUCCUAGACUUGCUCCUAGGUACUGGCAACAUUUUUCCUAUGGAAAAUUACAUUUUAACUGUGGAAUAUUACUUUUUAACGUGCUGACACAUGUCCAUUGCCAUGGAUUUUAGGUGUUAUGGUAGGAAAUGCUUUCCACCCUGCAUAAAGCUGAUUUCUCAUGCACAUUGCAUGGCAGUUCUUCUAGGGUAACUUGCACUUAGCACACGGGUCACUUGUUCUCGGUAAUUUUGAAUUGAACUGAUUCAGGAGAUGCUUAGCAAAGUCCAGCAGCUGUCCUUGAAACAAGAGCAAAGAAAAAGGAGUAAUGGAGUAAUUUGCAUUGACAUAUGACAGUACAUUGAAAUUUCUCUUCCGCUUGCAGUAGCUACUUGUUUAUGUAACUGUAUAUGAGCAUUGGACUUUUUCCUGCAUUUUCUGCUUGUGGAAUCUUAAAGAUAAAUGUACAAGGUGCAUUAAAUUCCUUGACAGUGAAUUACAAAAAAUAGUGUCUGCUUAAUCAAAAAAUCUUUCCCCCAAAUUCCUUCCUAUGCUGUUCUCUUAAUUUUUUGUUUGCAGCUGUAAUAUACACAUCAGCCCAUAGCCCCAGCUUCUCGGUGGGACAGCAAGUGCUCCUUCACAGAUAACAAAUUUGUAGCUGUCUAUCACUAGCAGACACAGGCCUGAAAUUUGUCCUAGCGAUGCAACACUGUUGGGGCUAGAAGAGGUCUGGAGGCAGGUAGAAAACCAGUUGUAUAAUAUCAUGUGAUAUUCCUACCCGCGGAAUUACUUUCCCAAAGACCUCAAUUUUUCCAGGAGUAAAACAGUGAAAAACAGACUUUUUUGUAUGUUGUCUUGAACAAACUGCAGACAACAAAUUUCUGUGACAGGCUGAUCUUCUGCAACAUCCAUUUACGGAACAGGUUAGAUUGAAAUGUAGUUCCUGUUACAGGUUCCCGUCAUGUUCUUCCAUGAUGGAGUCAUCCAGUCGCACUGCAUCUCACUGUCAGAUAUUUGAUCUAAUUAUCUAGUAGUUUUUUAAAUUCACUUUCUCUCUUAAGAAGAUAGGAAGCCAAGUCUUAACAAAACCGCAAAUAGAAACUUGUGCUGCUGUAUCUGGUUUAUGUACUGGUUUGGGAAAAGUGUGUAUUUAUGCAAGUUUUACUAACAAAGAUUGCAAUAGAAAGGGGAUGGCUAAAUAGCAAGAAAAAAAAACACAAACUAAAGCAAUUAAACUCAUGGAUUGCAAAAUCA